AUGACCUCAAAGGCCGCUCCCAUUGAACAAGAAACCAUCGUUGGCUGUCGGCUACAGGAGCGAUUCGUGUUCGCGGCUGCUAGGGUCACUUGCUGUCUACUCUCUUGGCGGAACAUCGCGGAUCCCUACUCUCGUAUCCUUCUUUUGGGUCGUGCUGUCGUCUCUAGCCUCCAACCAGUCCGAACUUGUCACUUCGGCCGCAUGGCGGACACCACCAAGGUUGUGGAUAAUGACAGUGAUAAAACCUGCGAACUUCCACCUGCUCUCGAUUUACAGCUGGAUAAAACAAAGUUUACGAGGACAGCCAUCUUCUUCACCGUGGGGCUGCCCAUUGGCCGCGAAUAUAAAUCCUGUCUAGAAAAAUUGCGGUCCUAUAUGACGGGAUUUCUCAACUUGCCGAAAUUCAAGAGUACCUAUACUGACAAAUCUGGCAGCCAACGAAAGCUAAUAUUCAUUCGGCAAGUGCCAACCCAGAGGGAUCAGAAUGAAAGCCCAAGUGCUGAAAAGAAGGAAGAGGAGAACGGUGCACACAAUCGGCUCUCGUGGCAAGAGCUGGAGGACUUAAGAAUUGAAAUUCCCGCCUCACCGGAAGAGGAAGUGCGGGAAUUAAUUGCCAACCCAGAGGCCACUGUGCCGCCAAGCCUUGGGGACUGCCUGCAACCGGAUGGUCUACCUUCACGGCCCUGCGCUUUCAGAAUGACCCUCACCUACGAUAAUCUACCACUUGAAAAGGUUCUCAAGGAGCUGCUUCCAAAGGACAUGGAGGCAGUCACUGGCUUCUCUGUGAUUGGUCACAUAGCGCACUUCAAUCUAAAACCCGAGGCCCUACCAUAUAGAAAAUUAAUAGGCGAGGUCAUCCUGAAUAAGCUGCCUCGAGUGCGCACUGUGCUUCACAAGGCUUCAAAAAUCGACACUGACUUCCGCACCUUCAGCGUGGACCUCAUGGCCGGAGAACCAGUCUACCUAACCACUGUAAAAGAAAAUAAUGUUUCCUUCAAACUGGAUUUCUCCAAAGUCUACUGGAAUCCACGUCUG